AUGCGAGUACAAUCAUUGGUUGUCUCGGAAAAGAUAUGUUGGUUUGGAGGACCAAUUGGAGAAAGCAUGCUCAAGGAAGAAAUAGAUCGAUCUCUAUUAUGGAGGAAAGCUAGAGAAGACAAACAUGGUAACAUCCCCAAUCCAAAGGCUGUAGAGAAAGCAAAAUUAAUUAUAUUGUUGUUUUUCCUCAAUGUCUUUAGAAAUCUCACACAACGACGGUAUUUAUUUACAGACGCUAAUGCCUUGACUCUUAAAAAAGAGAUAUGCAAAGUGCUUGGUAAUAACGACAUUCUAGUGGAAAACAUGUGUGGUCAAGGUGCUUCUGCUAAGCGUCGUAAUGAGUUAAACUUAAUUCGAAAAGUUGAACUCAAAGAGUUGUUGGAUUCUAGGGAACUUGAGACACGUAAAAGACUUAAUCAAGCUCGUACUUUGAAACGAGCUGGAGCAACUCGUUGGGGAUCUCAUUUUGCCUCUAUUACAAGUUUGAUGAGUCUAUUUAAAGAGACUAAAUUACUUCUUUUGGAAAUCAAUGAUCAUGGACCUAACCAAUAG